AUGGAAAUUGCCAUCACUCACUAUGAGGCUUUGAAAAGUUUCCUUGCUACACAUCUUGCCAGGGAGCAAACGAAUGGUUCAAGAACUAAUGCCAGAGAAAAAUUGACUAAACUUUCAAAACAACAAUUUCAAGAACUUUCUACAGAUGUAUAUGAUGAGUUGACUCGACGUUUAUUGGAUUCUAAUGAGGUACCAUUUCUUCCAGUUCGUGAUGAAUUUCAUCCUAAAAGAAAUCAAGCAAGACAAAAGUUAGCAACAUUACCAAAAAAUCGAUUCAAAGACUUGGCAAGUGAUGUUUAUUAUGAAUUGGAACGACGUUAUCCUGAAUUAUUAGAUAUUGAUAGAAAAAUAAUUGAAGGAACAACAUCGGGAUAUACACCGAAAUCCAAUACGAUCGUUCCAGAAAUGAAUGGAAAACCGCCAGAAUAUGGAACACCCAAAUCACCGAGAAGUCGUACACAAUCUACUACAUCUUCUGUAUCAGAUUUUGGACGUCGUUAUAAUAAUAUGAGUAUGAGUAGUGUAAGCAGUGGAGAUAGUAGAAAUAGAGAUACUUCAACUAGUCAUGUCAGUCAGAAAAGUGUUGGUAAACCUGAUACCGUCAAUUUUGCAUCUCUUGAUAGUUUAAUGGCAGAUCUAGGAGAUAUGAUUGAUAAAAGACAAAAUGAUAAUUCACCUAGAUCUCAUACACCUUCAAAUUCUGGUCAAAUCACGUUGAAUGAAAGGUUAAGAUCGGAAUUCGAAUCAAGGAUAACAGCACUUCAGAAACGAAUAAAAGAAUUAGAAUCAGAUAAAGGGGGUAAUUCAGUAGCAGAUAAUGUCGCUAAUGAUGUACAAAAGGAAGCAUCAACAUUAUUAGAAGAAAUUAAAUUACUUUCAAUGCAAAAUGAUGAUUUAUAUUCAGAAAAAGAACAAGAUUCAGCUAAAAUCAAAACUUUAACAGUAGAAGUGAAUGAAUGGAAAAGCAAAUAUGAAAAGGUAAAAAUAGAAUUAAGGAAUUUGAAAGCAACAUCAUCGUUCUUUAAAGAAACACCAAAAAUAGAUGUUAUUAAAGAUAAUUCAUUGGCACCAACACCUGAUGGAGCAAUUGAUGAAUCCAAGAUCAUUGCUUAUCAAAUAUCAAUUGAUGAUUUAUUAAGAGCUGGAAGAUCUGAUGUCCCAGCCAAUGUAUUAAUGGCUAUGAAAUCAAUUGUUAUUGCGUGUAAAAGUAUAACAGAAGAAGUUGAUCAAUAUGAACAACGUAAAAUAUCAAUAAUGAAGACAGAAGAUAAAGACAAACUUUAUUCAUUAAAAACAAAAUUAUCAGCUACACUUACAAAUCUUAUGACAGCAGCUAAAAAUCAUGCAACUGGAUAUGGUAUAUCACCCGUUAGUUUAUUGGAUGCCGCAGCAAGUCAUUUAACUGCUUCAGUAGUAGAUUUAGUUAAACUUGUUAAACUUCGACGUUCAAAUAAGAAUACUGAUGGACGUAAUGGUGACUUUCUGGAACGUCAAACCGAAUCAAUUGUUCAAGCUAUUCAAACACUUUUGGCAGCAAUUAGAAAUCAAUCACAUGGUAAUGAACUUACGGAUAAUAUUAAUACAAUUACUACAAUAGUAUUAAAUGUUAUCGCUGUAUGUCAAGAUUCAUUUAAUUCUCCAAUUGGAACACCAUAUCGUACACGUGGAGAUACAAUAUUAAAAGAAUUAGGAAAUAGUAUUGAUAAAUUAGAUGAAAUGAGAGAAACAAUAUCAAAUAAUAGUGAAGACUUUCUAUCUAAUAAGAUAUCUAAACAACGAUUAGCAAGUGCUUCCUUUGAAAUUGCUAAAUUUACAAAAGAAUUAGUUGGAUUAAUUGAAUAA